UUGACUGAAAACAGGGUACAUGAAUCACACACUUUCCUCUCCCUCUAUGUUUAGGUUCCGCGUUACUUCCUCUUUACAAUCGCUGCUGCAAUUUUAAUCUAUUUACUAGUUUCCAUGAACCCUCAAAGAGCCUCAUCGUCAUUAUCAUCUUCGUCGUCUUCUUCUUCUCAUUCAAUACAUCGGUGGAAAUACGAUGUUUUCCUAAGUUUCAGAGGCGACACCCGCUUUAAUUUUACAGACCAUCUAUAUGCUGCUUUGGUACGAAAGGGUAUUUUCACCUUCAGGGACAAUGAAAAACUUGAGAGAGGACAAUCCAUUCGCCGAAAACUCUUGGAAUCAAUAGAGCAAUCAAGAUUCGCUCUCGUUAUUCUAUCAAAAGACUAUGCAUCUUCGACAUGGUGUUUGGAUGAGCUUGCAAAGAUUGUCAAAUGCAUGAAAGUAAUGUGAAUGGUAGUUCUGCCAGUUUUUUACUUUGUAAACCCAUCUGAUGUACGGAAUCAGAGAGAAUCUUUUGAAGAAGCCUUUGAUGAACACGAAGCAAAUAACUUAGAGGAGGUGGAAACAUGGAGAGCUGCUUUGAAAGAAGUGGGCAAUCUCUCCGGUUGGCAUUUACAGAAUUGGGAAUAUGAGUCAGAAGUUAUCAAAAAGAUUGUGGAUGAUAUACUGCACAGAUCAAAGUCAAAAUUCUCAGUCAUUACCAAAGACUUGGUAGGAACAGAUUCUCCAAUGGAGGAAUUGAUCACUCGAUAUUCAGAUCUUGGGAACAACGUUUGUAUGGCAGGGAUUUGUGGUCUGGGGGGGCUGGGAAAGACAACUCUUGCUAAAGUGCUUUAUGAAACAGAACGUAACCAUUUUGAAGGUUCUAGUUUUAUUGCUAAUAUUAGGGAAGUUUCAAAAAAACAUGAUUUGGUUCGAUUACAAAAGCAGCUUCUUGCACAAAUUUUGGAGGACGGAAAUAUAGAUAUAUGGGAUGUUCAUGAAGGAGUUAACACGAUCAAGAAUAGAUUACGUCGUAAAAAAGUUGUUCUUGUUCUAGAUGAUGUUGAUCAAUUGGACCAAUUAGAAAACUUGGCUAGAGAGCCUCACUGGUUUGGGUCAGGGAGUUGGAUCAUCAUAACAACUAGAGAUGAACAUUUGUUGGUUCAACAUGGAGUCCAUAAUAGAUCUACGCCUAACACAUUGAAUGAUCAUGAUGCUCUAAAACUUUUUUGCUUGAAAUCCUUCAAAAAUGCGCAACCUAUAGAAGAUUAUAUGCAGCUCUCCAAGGAUGUUGUAUACUAUGCUAAAGGCCUCCCAUUAGCUCUAGUAACUUUGGGGUCCUUUUUGAUUAAAAGAACAAUAAACGAGUGGCGAAGUGCUUUGAAAAGAUUAAAAAAUAACCCUGAAGGAAAAAUAUUUGAUACACUUAAAGUAAGUUAUGAUGGUUUAGAGGAAAAUUGCAAGAAGAUAUUCCUAGAUAUUGCAUGUUUCUUUAGAGGGAAGUUGAAAGAUAGAGUAAUAGAGAUAUUGGAUAAUUGUGGUUUUGCUGCAGAAAUUGAAAUAAGCGUUCUUAGGGACAAAUCUCUUCUAACCAUAGAAAACAACAAAUUGUUGAUGCAUGAUCUACUACAAGAGAUGGGUUGGGAAAUCGUCCGUCGAGAAUCAUAUGAAGAGCCUGGGAAUCGCAGUAGGUUGUGGCUUCGUAAGGAUUUGUUUUGUGUAUUGACAGAAAAAAGGGCAACAAAAGCAAUUCAAGCCAUAGUCCUAGACUCAUAUGAAGGGGAUGAGGCCUGCAGGAACCUUGAAGUCUGUCCUGAAGCUUUUUCAGAAAUGUGUAAUCUCAGAUUGCUUAUAAUCGAUAAUGUGCGCAUCUCGAAUGUCCCCAAUCAUCUUUCUAAUGACUUAAGAUUUCUUGAAUGGCAUGGGUAUUCUGCAAAAUGUUUGCCAUCCAGUUUUCAACCAAAAUAUCUUGUUGAACUUAAAAUGUGGUUUAGUGAAAUUGAAUAUCUGUGGGAAGGUGUAAAGUAUUUAAACAAGUUAAAACUCAUUGAUCUUCAACUAUCCAAAAACCUUAUUAGGACACCUGACUUCACAGGGGUUCCCAUACUUGAGAGACUAUGUCUUAGAGGUUGCAUACAUUUGGUUGAGAUUGACCCAUCUAUCGGAAAACUCAGUAGGCUUACAGUUUUAAAUUUGGGAUUUUGCCGAUCUCUUAUCAAUCUUCCAAGCAACAUGGAUGGUUUAAGAUCUCUUCAAAAACUCAUUCUUUUGGGAUGCUCAAAACUUGCCUGCCUGCCUGAGAACUUGGGGAAAAUUGAAUGUUUGGAGGUACUUGAUUUGACUGGAACUGAUAUUAGAGAAGUUCCCUCUUCCAUUAAUAUCUUCAUAUGUCAUGGAUGUGAGAAGCAAAUUUUUAAGUCAAGGCUUGAUAGUUUUUUCUGCAUUCACUCGUUAAAAUCUUUAUCACUAUCUACAAACAAGCUUGUCUCUGUCCUACCUGCAAGCAUCAGUCAACUUCAGAAAUUGGAAGCUCUUAAUUUGGGCAACUGCAUUCAACUUCAGUCAUUGCCAGAGUUUCCAUCAAAUUUGAGAUAUAUAAAUGCUAAAGGUUGUUCUUCCCUAGAACCAUCACCAACACUGCUCAGUGUGAGCAAUUUGUUGCAAGCAUCUAUUGCAUUUUUUAAUUGCUUAAAGUUACUUGAGUAUUAUGAGGGCAGUGAUGGUCUCGCAUUUGCAAUACUGAAACGUUACCUACAGGGACUCAUGUAUCCAAAAACUGGAUAUAAAACUUCUAACAAAAGAAAAGAUAGAUCUGGAGCUGCAUUCCACAUCAUUAUUCCUGGGUUUGAAGUUCCACCAUGGUUAACCCAUCAAAGGUUUGGGAAUUCAAUAAGCAUAGAGCUGCCACUUAAUUGGUGUAAUAGCAGGUGGAUGGGAUUUGCUAUAUGUGCUUUUUUCAGAAUAAAUUGUUCUUGCUAUUCGAUUGAAAGAUAUAGUCUUAAAGGUCAUGUGAUAGCUCUUGGUGAUAUGCCUCACAGCCCUCACCAUAUUUUUGAAGUUUUAAUUGGGGAGACAUCCUUUGAGUAUAGUGUGGGUCACCUUUUUCUAUUGUACUUGUCUCUUGAUGAUUGGCUAAGUACAGGUUGGAAUUAUCAAUGCAGUCGGAUUAAGGUUGUAUUUGACACCAAUAGCCCAAGAGUGGAGGUGAUUAAAUCUGCAGUUCGUUUGAUACAUGAGCAAGACGUGGAAGACUUCAACCUAACAAUUGCACAAUGCAGCAGUAGCUGUGUCAAUACUUCUGAGGGUACUGAAAGAGGCACAUCCUGAUCAUAACCAGUAUUUGAAUAAAAAAAUUGAGAUGUACGAUGAGAUGGCUUUGCUUUUUGAUAAAGACAUUGCAACAUGGAGUUUUGCAAAGUCUUUUGGUGAUUUGGUUUCAGAAAAAAAGGAUUGGUGACUUAAGUCCCAUGACUUGGACAAGUAUUGAUUUUGAGGAGGCAUCAAAAGGGAAACAAGUUGGUUCUUCAAAUGCAGCAUUCUCUCAAGCAAGUUCUCAUAGGAAACGGAGUCGUGCUCAAGUCAACCAAGAUGAUAAUUAUGAUAAGUUUUCUAAACGACUUGGAAAGAUUGAAUUAGCGAUAAAAACACUAAAAAAAGGUCAACUUGAUGUGAAUGAGCUUUAUGAAGAAGUUAUGAAAAUAGAAAGGUUUGACAAAGUUUUGCUUGCAUCCGCUCUUGACUAUUUGGUAAUUAAUGAAAGGUUAGGAAGGGCAUUCAUGGCCAAAAACACAAGAUUUCGAACGUUGUGGCUAGAGAGCUUUUUUAACACUAACUUGAGCUGCCCCCU